GCGGCGGGCGCCUCGAUUGAACGCGAUUUUUUCAGUGGCCCAAGCACAAUUUCUUUCUGUAGUCCAGCAACGCAUUUUGUGGCUCAAAGAGCCAGGGGGAAACAGUCAGAGCAAGCCUCCAAAUGAAGUCCCUCUCGUUCGUCUAUAACCUAAACCUCUCUCAUCACUUCCAUUGGCGUCUUGUGGGGGAUAGAGCAGUCCCGACGACAAAGGCAAUCGGAGGCCUUUGAAGACCGCGAAUUACUUGAAUAAUUUUAGAGAUGUCUACCACCGGACGCAGUGAGGCAUUGUACACUCGAGAGCAAGUCAAUGAUUACCUCUCCUACAUUUCCUUUCCCGUGACCAAAUACAACAUCACUCCAGAGUCCACCCAGACAGAAGAUUGCCUUGCAUAUCUCUCUGCUCUUCAGAAAUAUCAGCUUUCAAAGGUUCCGUUUGAGAACCUAGAACUGCAUUACUCAAAAGAACGUCACAUUUCGCUAGACGCACCGGACCUCUUCGAGAAGAUCGUUGCUUCUAAGAAUGGGAGAGGUGGAUAUUGUAUGGAGAACAACGCCUUCUUUGGGGCCAUCCUGAAGACGCUGGGAUUUGAAGUUAUUCCUACAGGUGCAAGAGUCUUACUUUCCGGUGGAUCUGGUGGAUGGAGUCAUUCUGUUAAUCUGGUCUAUAUUGCUGGCCAGACUUAUCUUAUCGACGUCGGAUUUGGCGGGAAUGGCCCUACGAGGCCCCUUCCUCUUGUGGAUGGACAUAUAUCAAAAUGGGGAGCUACAGAAACAGAACUGAGAUUGAUCUACCGUGAGCCAACAAAUUCUGUAGUUCAAGGCAUGUGGAUUUUUGAAAGCAGAAUAUCGAACCAACAUGAUUGGACGCCAAAUUAUUGCUUUGGGUUAACUGAAUUCCUGCCGCAAGACUUCGAGGUCAUGAAUUAUGCAACAUCUACCCGGAGAACGAGUUGGUUUACAUUCGAUAUCAUCUGCCUGAAGAUGAUUCUGGACGAGGAGAAGGACGACAUAAUCGGAGCUCUGUUUCUUUCGGGCUCGACGCUGAAGAGGAGAAGGUUUGGGACUACCGAAACCAUUACUGAAUGUGCCAAUGAAGAUCAACGAGCAUCAGUAUUGAAAGAGCACUUCGGAAUAAGUUUGUCCCGCCGAGAGCGCAGUGGUAUCAAAGGCAUGGUCACCGAGCUGAAAGGGGGUAGUAAAUCGGGUCUCUGAUUAGAGACUUUACAAUGAUCUGGGAUUUUUCCAAGUCUCUCCAAUAUACACCGGCUCGUCUAUAACAACUAGCAACAAAACAAUGGCGCAAACCACCUAGAAUCUGAGCUCUCUGGCGACACGCUUGUGCGCCAGUUAUUGCCCGUUCCCAGCCGAUUUGGAUGUCUCGACAGAAAGUGACUGUUAGAAUGAUAGAUCAACCGCGCUCAUAAGUCAUCGGUGACACGAUGGGGGGGUUCAAGAUGGUUUGGGGACUUGUCCCAGACUUUACCACAUAUUUGGAAUAAACUCUUGCUCCUGAAGUUCCAGGCUGUUCUGACAAGAGUUUGAAGUUGGAGGAUUCAAUCUAGGCUGCAGGACGCACAUUUCUGGGGGUUGAAUACCCGCACUCUUCAGCAAUUCAUCCUGAGCGAUUGCUUCCGGCUCUGGCGUCAAGACAUCUCAGCGUCAACUCAAAA